GAUACACUUAACGUCAUUUUUAGGGAAGAAAGGUGUUAGGGAUUGAGAAACUUGGGCUGGUGCAUGGUGGUGAAUCGGCACUGUAUGGUUAGUAGAUCUGAAUUUGGUCAUGUGUGAGUUUGUUUGUGCAUCGCAUCAGAAGUGCUGCCUGUUUCCUGUGAUUGGUUAUCAUGGUAUCUGCCUGUGUGUGUUCCUGUACACUAUGCCUGCCUUUUUGAUUAUCUGUGUGUGUGUGUGUGUGUAUUUGUGUGUGUGUGUGGCUGCUUAACUUAUUCAUCAUCACCCUCAGCCUUGCCUUGUACCUUGCGGUCCUAUCACCUCCCUCUAACCUGUAGGCAUUAACUGCGUGGAGACGGCGACACAUGGGGACACAAGACGGACCUCACCCUGCAGCAUGGGCACAGCCCGGGCCGACAGUGUCUUCCUCUGCUGCAGCAGCAGCUUUAAAAUGAGCACAAAGUGACAACAAACGACCUCCCAGCCUUCACACAACAUCAGCACCAGCAUUCAAGGGCUAACAGUUGGUGCCUUACUCUUUAGCAUUAGCAAUUAGCAGCUGAGGUAACCGUUUUGGCAGCUUAGGACAGUAGCAUAGCCAAUGAGAUGUGUGUGUAACUUGGCCUGCCAGUCCCUGGGGAGGACCAGCAAAGGACUUGUGUUACACUCCCUGACAGACCUUAUACAUGUUUCAUCUGCUGCUCUCAGAACAGAAGCCCCCUUUGUUAUCUAAUCCAGCCCUCUCCUCCCCAGCCUGAGAGACUGACUUUACUGCCACAAGACUGCUUUUCAGUCUGUCGGCCAGCCACUGAGCUGAUGCAUAUCAACCAGCAGCUGAGGAGCAGCAGACGGACUUUGUCAGGCCCGAGAUAUCUGCUAUCAGGACUUCUCAGCCAGUCUUUCAUUCCAUUGGCUGACGUGUGGAGAGGGCUUUAAAAUAAUCAAUCAAUGAGAGGGCUGUUUGAGGUCCACCAAAGAUUGUCAAGGAUCUAAAUUGUGCCUCAUCUGUUCAGCACUACACCUCAACUUUUCUGUAGCUUAUAGUCCUGCAAGCUGCAGAACUGCACUUGUAACCAGGGAUCUCAAAAAAAGAAGUGCUUUAAGUGUUGUAUUUGCACUUUAAAAAAGCUAGUCAGGACCAUGAGUGACACUCUUAGACCCCCUUCGGUCCAGGUGAGCGUCCCAAACGAUGCUCCGGCGUACUCGGACGGAGGACGCAACGCAGUGUCAGAUGGCUCCAUGCGAUCCAGCUCUUCGACCCCGACGCUCCGACGCAAGCGCUUCAAGAUGCGGCGCAUGAGGAACGUGCCCAGCGAGAGAGAGAUGGAUAGGGGACGGCUGACCGUCGGGCACCUCACGGCCCGAUCGCGCUCCGGCUCCAAGGAGUACCUCCAGCUGCCUUCCAUUGAGAUCACGCCGUCCAGCGACGAAGACGCCCACUCUACCUGGUCGAGCUGCUCCACGCCCAGUGCCUCGCCGCGACGCAAGCGUUUCCUGCUGCGGAAGUGGCUGAAGGUUCGACAGAAGAAGGAGCAAGCCAGUGAGAGCAGCAGCCAGCAGAGCAGUCAACAAAGCAGCCAGCAUAGCAGCCAUGAAGAUGACAGCACUCGCUUCUUGACUCCAUUAAUCCGAGAGGAGAGAUCUGACAGUGCAGCGGACAAAAUCAGCACUGCCAGUAACUCAAACAAGAGCACACCCGCCUGCUCGCCAGUCCUGCGCAAACGCUCGCGCUCUCCCACACCACAGAGCCAGGAGGGUGAGAACAUGGUGGAGAAGGGUUCGGACCACUCCUCUGACAAAUCCCCCUCCACGCCCGAGCAGGUCGUCCAGAGAACGUACUCCCUGCAGUCAGCGAGAAGCGGGGGGAAGAACUCGAAGUCUCACAAGCGACUUUCCAAAUAUGACAGACUAAACCUGAUUAAAAAGAGCCAAAGCUGGUACAACCAUGAAAGACAACACAUCCUGAGAGUGCUGAGCCCGACAUACAAGCAGCGCAAUGAGGACUUUAGGAAACUCUUCAAGCAGCUCCCGGACACAGAGAGACUCAUUGUGGACUACUCCUGUGCUCUCCAACGGGACAUCCUCCUGCAGGGACGACUCUACCUCUCUGAGAACUGGAUCUGUUUCUAUAGCAACAUCUUCCGCUGGGAAACACUGCUGACGGUGCGGCUAAAGGACAUCUGUUCAAUGACGAAAGAAAAGACAGCCCGCCUCAUUCCCAACGCCAUCCAGGUCUGCACAGACACUGAGAAGCACUUUUUCACCUCAUUUGGAGCCAGGGACCGGACCUACAUGAUGAUGUUCAGACUGUGGCAGAAUGCGCUGCUGGACAAGCCGCUGUGCCCCAAAGAACUGUGGCACUUUGUUCAUCAGUGCUAUGGCAACGAGCUAGGCCUAACUAGUGACGAUGAGGACUAUGUUCCCCCUGAUGAUGACUUCAACACCAUGGGGUUCAGCGAAGAGAUUCCCAACGAAGAGAAUGAGAUCAACAACGACAACUUGUCUAAGAGCAGCGCUGAGGCCAAGCCCGAGGGGAGCCCUCCUCCGCUACAUAAGAAGGUCGUCCCAAACAGCACCAUCCCCAGCCCAGGCAACCACGACCCACCCAUCCCAUUUGAACUCCCAGCAGAAGAGUAUGCAGACUGCCUACCGGACGGCGAGCUACUUGCUUUGCCCCUUUUGUUGGAAGAGAAGAACAGUGAUACCAGCGGGCCUGGUGGUCCUGUCCCCUCACCGUCUCUAGACUUCAACGACAACGAAGACAUCCCCACUGAGCUCAGCGACUCCUCUGAAACACACGACGAGGGUGAAGUACAGGCCUUUCAUGAUGAUCUGAAUGGCAGGCAGUACAUCAAUGAGAUCUACAAGUUGAGUGUGGACAAGCUCUAUGGCAUCCUCUUCACAGAGUCGCAGUUCAUGAGUGACUUCAUGGACCAGAGACGAUUCUCAGAUGUGGUGUACCACCCGUGGAAGAAAGAGGAGGCUGGGAACCAGACCAGGGAGAUCAUGUACACCAUCUCGCUGUCCAACCCCCUGGCCCCCAAAACAGCCACAGUCACUGAGACACAGACUCUGUACAAAGCCAGCCAGGAGAGUGAGUGUUACAUAAUCGAUGCUGAGGUCAUCACGCAUGACGUGCCCUACCACGAUUACUUCUACACUCUCAACCGCUACAUGCUCACCAGGGUGGCCAAGAACAAGUGUCGGUUACGGGUAUCGACGGAGUUGUGCUACAGGAAACAGCCGUGGGGGCUGGUGAAGGGCUUCAUAGAGAAAAACUUCUGGAGCGGGUUAGAAGAGAACUUCCGCCAUCUAGAGUUGGAGCUGUCCAAGCUGGAGGAGAUACUGAUACUGGCCGAAGCCCACCAGCUGUCUCCGAAAGCCAAGGUGGUGAAAAACUCCACGGUGAGGCGGAAGAAGAGGCCGCUCAUCCACAUGCGCAGCCAGCACCUGGACGAGGCGCUCAGCCCCGUUACCACGCCGACGGACGAAGAAGUGAUUCAGAGGAUCAAACAAGUGGCGGGCUCCACGCAAACCAGACACCAGAGUUCAGAACACCACCACCUGCCCGGAGGCCUCGCUCUGUACAGCGUCUCCAAACUGCUGCUCAUCAUCAGCUUUGUGAUCUGUCUAAGCCUGGUCCUGCUGGUGUUCCUCAACAUGAUGCUCUUCUACAAGCUGUGGAUGCUGGAGUACUCCGCACAGUCCUUAACAACCUGGCAAGGUCUGCGGCUUCAUGAAAGUAAACUGCCCCAGACGCAGAUGGAGUGGGCCCAGCUCCUGGAGGCGCAGCAGCGUUACCAUGACGCCGAGCUGCAGAAGUGGAGGGAGAUUAUCAAGUCGUCAGUAGUGCUGCUAGACCAGAUGAAAGACUCCUUAUUGAACCUCCAACGAGGCAUUGGUUUAAGGGACUACAGCUCCGAGGCUGAGGAGAAGAGAAGUCGCUAUCACUGACACACCACCAUCAAAGCCAUGAGGGCAUGCUGUGCAAUAUACUGUAGGACCUGUUUUGUUUGUGAACCAGUAUGCAGGCAGCAGCAGGACAGAGAGAGGACAGAGAGAGGACAGAGGGGGAGGCGGGACCAACGGUGAGCUGGUCCAAUAGACACAAAGAGAGCAACAGUCGUCUCCAGCGCACAGAGGUUCAAAACCCCCGGGAGGAGGAGGAGGAAAUCAUGGACAGAAAGUGCCCCUAUCACACACACACAGGAACUGAGGUGUCCCCCAACAACACUGAGGCAUUGUGGGAAGGCGCUCCUUCCCUACACCUGUGGGAUGAACAGUUUUCCUUCUACUCUCUUAUUUCCAAGUGCAUCCUACUGUAAGCCAUGUUGAGAGUCGCAAGGAGAACGAAGGAAAACUACUGCAUGCAUUUAGACAACCUAGCUCCCCUCAGUCAGUGUUAAUGUGGUCCAGUUCCAGUCUUAUGUGUGUCAAAAAAAAAGAAGAACAGAAGACGAGGAGAGAUCAAGUCGAAGAAAGGGGGGUCCUUUCGAGUCUUAAUGGCUGUCUACACUCUCAGACUGUUCCAAACCAAUCGUCCCCCUAGAGGUCCUCGCUGCAGCGUCCCUUUAGUAAACCUCCAUGUGAUCCAAGUACAGUAUCAGUCCACAACCAAAAAGGAAAAGAAGUGUUGUAGCCGGGAGCUCAGCUUCCUAUUGCCUCGUUUGAACCUGUGUGGUCUCCGUCAGGGCUGGUUCCCUGUCAGAAGCUAAUCUGUAGAAAUGAAAGACUGAUGAGACCUAAGCCAGUACUUUUGACCUUAUACACACAUCAUCAGUUGCCCCCUGCCACAGUGUUAGCUACCUUACAUCGCAUUAUUCCUCAUCCUUCUAAUGAAGUAGAAUGUAUUAACUUGGACAAGAAGGCCAGACUUUGAUCACACAUCUUAUUCAUUUUUAAAAAAAGGGGGCGCUGCAGCCUGACCAAUAGGGCGACCUGUGUUCUUACAUGUUUUAUUACUAAACUGUGACUAUAUCUCUUUAAAAAUGUUUCAAAUUAGAAAGAAUUCUAUGAAUAUAUUUGAAAUAUAUAAGAAUAUUUCAUUAUUUAAUAUAUAUAUAUUUCAAAAUAUAUAAACAUUACCUAUAUUUAUUGUUAAUUUAUGUACAUAAAGAAAUUAUCAGAGCUCUAGACCAGUUAAAGAAUUUCUAACAAAAAGUGUUUUCUUCUAAAAAAAUGCAUGCCAGAUAUGUCUGUGACAUGUCCAGUGUGCAAGUAUGAUUCUGCAUUUUGCGCGAUUAUAUUCGCGUACGUAUGCGUGUGUGUGUGUGCGUGCGUGAGUGUGUGAGUGAGUGUGUGCAUGCGUGCGUGUGUGUGUGUGUUUGUGCACAAGUGUGUGCUGUAAAGUGUGACAUUUUUACCAUUCCACACUUGUAUGUUUCUUAAUUUUUCUUUUCUGGCUCCUGCAGCCAGACUGCCUUUUUUAAUGCUAAAGCGUUUGGAUGCCGCCUUGCAUUAGCCCCACCAGGGUACAGUUUACAAUCGAAGAGUUUUGUUCCAAAAUGACAUAUCCACAACAUUUGACAACAAAGUUACACCUACUUUUACUAAAUGAUUAAUUGGUAUCAAUUCAUGUCAGUGUUUGACAUACACUAAGUAGCUUAAAUCCAUGGUUAACAAAAGGAAGAAGACAGAAUUGAUCAUCUAAAUUUGAUUGUUUCUCUCUUGUUAAUGGAUAUAUAUAACAUUUUGGAGAUGAACCCUUCAUUUGCCCUCUAUACGCAACUCUUUCUCCAUGUCACAUUAGUGGCUUGAUGACCCUUUUGCUAAAAGGAAUAGCUUUCAAGAUUUCAAAUUCACUGUCUUGCUGAAAGUUAGGUGAAGAUUGAUGCCACUCUCAUGUCUGUAUGCUAAAUAUGAAGCUACAGCCAGUUAGUUUAGCUGUAUGCCAGCCAGGCUAGUCUGUAUGCAAGCUUCUUUAUGCUGAGCUAACCAUCUCCUGGCUCUUGCUUCAUAUUUAGCAUUCACAUAACUCUCGGCCAGAAAGCAAAUAAGUAUAUUUCCCAAAUUGUCAAACUAAUUCCUUUAAAAAACACCUACUUUAACCAAUAUUAUAUUCUCCCUUUACCCCGUUUCAAGUGUCUGUCUUGGAUGCAGUGAAAGCAUGAAAAUGAAAUCUACGCAACUAAAUUGAACCAAAAGAAAGAAGUAGAAAUGUACCUUCACGAAUUAUCAUGUUGUUUUAAAUGAAGUAUUUAUCAUGUAUGUCAUGUAUUAUAUAUAUAUACUGGGUUAGGUGCGGUAAAGAGCAUCUCUUAAGAGUUUUGUCAACAGAGUCCCCUGAUAACUGACAGACUUCAGCGAUGAAAGCACUUCCAAAAAUAAGAAAACCUUCCUUGUGUUAAAAAAAAAAGAGAAAGUGAAGCACUUUAAGGCCUUUUCAGGUAAAGAAUGAAAGAAAGAAAUGGCAGCGAUUUAGUUUGGAGGUGACUGCAGGGCUGAGGAAAUCAUUUCUAUGGUGUAUUUUAGUUAAUUUGACAAUCACACGGGUGAUUUACAGCUUUCCAAACUCAUUAGAAAUAGCUGGAUUUUAUUUCUGCUGGUUUGUUACUGCUCACAAAUUACUUCUGCCCGAACAGAAUAUUUGUGCAUUAUUCUAUUCAACAUCUCGACUCUCUUUCAAUGUCACAUCCCAAAAGCCCAAUCCAAGACUGACACGCUUUCUUGUCUAUUUCAGGGCGAGGCGAGAAUGAGUGAUAUGUAUGAGGGACUCGUAUCUUUACUGUGUGCCUGCAUGGCGUGUUGCUGACUGACUUAUUGAGAGCAGCAGAAAAGCUUCAGGAUUGGACCCCUGCUGUGUGUGUGUGUGAGUGUGUGAAUAUUACAUUUGAAGAAGGCACUGAGUAAUGAUAACACAUGGGAACCUUAUAAGACCUGAAUGUGAGUGGUUGGAAAUGUUUUCUGUUUUAUAGAAAUCACGUUCACAACCCUGAGGACACUGAAAGAUUAUAGUGAAGUUAUAAGCUCCGUGUAUAUGAUGGUACAGAAAAUGUCAUGUAUAUGAAAGUGUGAUUGCUUUAAAGUGUUUGUUUUUCAAAGUGUAUGACAAAAAUGGAUUUUCUUUUCCAGAUGCUUGAAUUUUUUUUUGUUUUAAAGAUGACGUUUUCAUGCUGUUUUGAGGGAGACAUGGUAAAUGCUUGAUUAAGUUGGUUGUGUACUCCCCAUCUCUGGUUUUAUUGACCUGAUUUUAAUCUUGGGACACUGAAAUUUGAUUUCACGGUGAAGGCUGAGUGAAAUCGUUUCUAGGCAGACACAUUUUAAUAUUGAACUGCUGUAAAACCCACAUCCUCAGUCCAAAUUAGAUAUUCACUCGAGCCACCAGCGGACUUGUCACAGCAGAGCUGAAUUUCAUUUCAUCAAUCUCCACAAUUAUGCAAAUUAAAUACUUUUUCACCUUCAUCAUUCCCUUCAAAACUCCAUGUUUCUUAUUGGAUCCAACAAAUUCGACUAAUCUAAGCUACGACCUCUCACAGGUAACACCUGUUUGUUGUUUUUUGCUUUUUUUGUUUUGUUUUCAAUCUUCACAGUUUUGUGCGUUACACGAAUGAUUGUAUGAUUGCUAUCGCUGCACAGCUGUGGAACCAAGGUGACCUGAGAGUUCUGGAUGCCACCGCUUUGUCACUGACAACUAAUGAAUUGUGCGCUUCAUUGACUGUAUUAAUUGGCAUUUGCCUUGCUUGUCACAGAGCCGGCGAGACAUUGGUGCCACCCAUGCAACACAGUACAAGCUAAAGGCCUUGGUUACUGCAACACACGAUAGAAAUCACACACAACCUGCUGAAAAUGACCACUGAUCAAACUCAUUCUUCGGGUGUGUCCUUGAUAAUAUAUGUACUGGUGUAGCUCUGUUCAAAAAGAAUUCUACUGUAUGUUUUUUUUUUUUUUUUUUUUUUAGAAAAUGUUUUGAUCUCUAGAGAGACUUUUAGUGAAAUUUCUACAUGAGAUAAAUAUACUGUAAGUAUAUGUUGUGUAUAUCUGCAGUGUGCACACACACACACACACACACACAAUCACAGACACUGACAAAAAGAAUCCAACCUGCGCUGCGCGUAGGUUUUGACUUGCCGAUGACUUUGCCUCAUAGAGACUGAAGAUAAAAGUGGCUUUCUGGUUCAUGUGAAGUAGAGAUUGGAAGUAUGAAUAAAAAAA